AAUUAUCCACCAAAUUCGCAAUUUGUGUUAAAUUCAAACAAAUUUGAAUAAAUUCCAAAGUGAUGGCUAGCAGAGUGGUUGCGACGGCCACUGUGCGAGCAGUGCGCAAAAAACUAGCCCCCACACGAGCUGCUUUAGUUCUGACACCAGCUGCGGUGAAUCGAGUCAAAGAAAUACUGAAAGGGCAGGAUAAUUACGUUGGUUUAAAAAUUGGGGUGAAACAGAGGGGUUGUAACGGUUUGUCAUACACUUUGGACUAUGUUGAUAAGAAAGAUAAAAUGGACGAAGAAGUGGUCCAAGAUGGUGUCAGAAUCUUCAUAGAUAAGAAAGCACAACUCACACUCUUAGGUACUGAAAUGGAUUACGUGCAAAAUAAAUUAAGCUCAGAAUUCGUUUUUAACAAUCCAAAUAUUAAAGGCACGUGUGGUUGUGGCGAGUCGUUCAACAUUUAGACACAAUUAUAGUCUGAUUAGUAUUUAUUUGUACAUAAACGUUACGUUUUAAUAAAAAAUAAUUACAAAAG